AUGACUAAACAGCAGGCAAAUUGGUCUCCUUACGAUAACAAUGGAGGGACAUGCGUUGCUAUUGCGGGAACUGAUUACUGCGUGAUUGCGGCCGACACUCGAAUGUCCUCUGGCUACAACAUUCUCACUCGUGAUUACUCCAAAAUUAAUCAACUAGCGGACAAAUCCGUGCUGGCCUCUUCAGGUUUUCAGGCUGAUGUGAGAGCUCUACAGAAAGUCUUGGCAGCUAAGCACUUGCAAUAUCAGCACCAGCAUAACAAGCAAAUGAGCUGUCCUGCAAUGGCACAGCUGCUCUCUAAUACUCUGUACUACAAACGUUUCUUUCCAUACUACGCAUUCAAUGUUUUGGGGGGUCUUGACCACGAAGGAAAGGGCUGUGUCUUCACAUAUGAUGCUGUUGGAUCUUAUGAGAGGGUUGGAUACAGUUCCCAGGGUUCCGGUUCUACACUUAUCACGCCCUUUUUAGACAACCAACUGAAGUCUCCAAGCCCUCUCUUAUUACCUGCCAGGGAUGCUGUUACUCCACUUUCAGAGUCAGAAGCCAUUGACUUGGUGAAAACCUGUUUUGCGUCUGCAACAGAAAGGGAUAUAUAUACUGGUGACAAACUGGAAAUUCUCAUUAUGAAUGCAAGUGGUAUACGUCAGGAGUACAUGGAGCUUAGGAAAGAUUGA